AUGGGUAAAAAGAUCACUUCCAACCCUGAGGUAAAAAAGGCUAGAGCAGAUUGGGAUAUUAAUCCAACGUGGACAACUACUUUUUAUAACCUUUGUGUGGAACAAAUUCAAGCCGGGAAUACAGCAAAAGGUGCUGGCUUUAGUACCAAAGGUUGGUUCAAUUUGGUGACCAAAUUUUGUGAUGAGACCGGUCAAAACUAUGAUAAGGACCAAUUAAAAAGUAGGUGGGAUGUAUUAAAAGGUGAUUGGAGAGUGUGGGAACAAUUGAGGAAUCUUGACACAGGUUUAUGUUGGGAUGCAGUGAAGGGAAUGAUUGCUGCUACUGAUGAUUGGUGGGACCUGAAGUUGAAGGAAUUACCCAAAGCUAAAAAAUUUCGAGAGAAAGGUCCACAAAAUCUAGAACAACUUGAUAUAAUGUUUAGGAAUGUUGCAGCAACUGGGGUAACUACAUGGACCCCUUCUUCAAAAACACUCCCUCUAACAAUGCCAGAAGAGGGUGCUGGUGAUUCAGAUGAAUUUAAGGAUAACCAAUGUGACAUGAGUUUAGACAUUGAUAGUUUGCAGCAAGGACAUAUUAGUCAAUCACGUAGUUCAAGACAAAAGCGAACUAGUGAAUCAAUACCCUUACAGAAGAAAAAGAAGAAGAUAGGAGGAGCUACAAAGUUGGACGAUCUUAUUAGUCAAUUAAUAACUGUAUGUCAGAAUAAGUUUGAAGGUACUUCUCGAGAGUCACCAAGUUCAAUUGAUAAUGUCAUGGUGAUUGUGAGAGAACUUCCUGGAGUGGAAAGUACAUUUGUGGUUCAAGCUUCCUAUAUCUUACUAAAAAGGUCACAUAGGGAGAUGUUCCUAACUUUCAAGGACCCAAAGUCACAGCUGGAGUGGCUACAAGGAAUGAUUUAUAACCAAAAAAAGUGA